AUGGCGGCGGCCGCCCCAGCAUCGCGAGACCGUGCCGCGAGCGCUAACGGGGAUGCGCCGCGCGCCAAUGGGCGCCGGGGCGCGCAGGGGGGAGCGCGCGGGCGGUGCCGGCGCCGGCUCCGCCCUCAGGGCGGGGCGGGAGCGGGAGCGGGGCCGCCGCCUCAGCGCUCCCGGGACAGCGGGGAGGCACCGGCGGGACACCGCGGUGCGCGGGGACCCAUAGCGGCCCCUUCCUGCCCUGCCGCCACUGCUCCGCCUGGCCCGGCGCCAGAGGAGGGAGAGGGGGAAGCGGCGGUGGCGGGACCAGCACUGGAAGAGCCCCUGCCUUCAUCACACCAUGCUGCAGAGUCACUUUACAUCUGCCCAUCCUCUAUCUAAGUGAGUACCCAUAUCAGCUACUGUGUCCCAGCCAGGAAGGAAUGACAUUUUGGUUUAAUGAAUGUGGUACUUGGUUUUUGCUACUCUUUCCGGAUUUUUGUCAGUUUAUCUCUAUGAGAGGAAAGAUUUAACUUUUCUUCUGUAUUUGAGCCUGUAGAGAUGGGAUUCGAUUUCAACAGGAGUCUGUGGGCUUGUGCCCUUUUCCACAUUGGAAAGUGCAAAUAACAGCAAUUUUCCUUUCAGAUUGUACAGUGGUAUCUGUCAGACUUUUCCAAAUGUGGAGCCAAGGUGGGAUGUUCUAUAGACAGUGGCAACUGUGUAUUCCUAAUACCCUUUGAAGAAGUCUACAAUAUCAUCUGUUAAAAAGCAUCUGGAAAAUCCACCUUAAAAAAGCCACACCAAUGAAACAGCCUGCCAAGCUGCAGCUUCCCGAUCCUUCCAUUAUAAAGAAAUUUGCUUAUGGUGCAAUUUAUGUAGGCUCCAUAUUCCAGCAAAAAUACAUUAAGUGGUAUCAGGUUACUAGAAUCACUCCUAAAGCAACUGUUUCCUAGAAGGGGAGGAUAAAAAAGUGAAGCAGCAGCUUGCUUCACACUCAGGAAGUCGUUGUGAUACAGGACUCUCAGAAAAGCAACAGGAACGUGAGAAAUUAUGGUGGGUUUUUCUGUUUGUUUACUUAUGAAAGCCUAAUGCGGUGAAUAAAAGCAGAGGAAACACCCACUUUUCAAAACUGAACUAUUAUCAGUGUUUCAGCAAGGACAAUGUCUCAGGCCAGCGGUCUAUCUUCCAUAACAAAACAAUGACAAUAGUAAUACCCUUCCCACCUCUUGGAGAAAUUUAUUGGAAAAAAUAGAUUUGUUCUAUCUUAAUCUUUGAACCCCUUUUUUGAGAGCUUUGAUGACCAAAAUGUUUUGACCCUCUCUUUAGAGUCAAAGAAGCUUCCUGAAAGAAGA